AUGAUGAUCAACUAUUUAGUCUAUUCGAUUCAACUCUAUGUAGUUGUUGCUCUUCCUCAUUUUAAUCUUCAUCAUACCGAUUGGAUAAAUGAGAAUGAAGUUUAUACUACAUUACAACAUGAUUGUCUCUAUGUAUCAUCCAGUAGUGAAACAAAUCUUAGAUUAUAUCAAACAAUUUCAUAUUGUUUAACUGUAUGGCCAUCAAAAUGGCAAGUUGUCGAAAAUGAAUACGAUCAAAAAUUUACUUUUGCUGCACUUUAUGAACAAGGUGUUACUAGUGAAGAAUUGUAUUUCUGGUCAGCGUCGAUGAAACUUAUUGAAGAUUACCAAGAAUAUUAUAAUCAACGUUCAAUGAAAUUGAACGAAANCCAUUGGACUCAGAAUUAA